AUGGUCAGGCAGGAUGAUACCAUACUGGAGGUCAAGCGCUGCCUUCCCCUGCGGGUCCGAGCUCUACACCGGACUGACCAUAGAAACCUGGAUCUGUUUAAAGGCCGCGGCACAUGGCGUAUGAGCCUAAACUGCAAGACGUUGAAGCAAUAUGGAAUUUUGGAUGGCGAUGCCGUGACGGUUGUGGCUAACCUUGUUGGUUCCCCAACAUUCGACUCGGUCCCAUUCACUCCGUUUGAGGAUAUCUCCUCUGAGCGGCUUGCAAACAUCCGUGAACGGGCGACCAGCUCAGGGAAUUCACUGGCACCCUUCGCGCAGAUGGCCGUGCAACGACGGACUUCGUUCAUUUCCGAGGAUACAAUCGCAGCCCACAUUGCCAGCAUGUCCAGAACACAGUGCGAGGCCUUGCUUCAGCUUUGGGAGGAAGGUUUGCCGUACGGAGUGCCAUAUCUUGACCGGUUCUGCCAGCAAGUAGCCCCUUACUUCAUCGACGAACUUGCACAAGUUGAAACAGAACCGGACGGCAUUGAGGAGCAAGAGGCUUUGUACAACACUUUCCUCCUGAAGUUCUGCGAAAAGUACAACAAGCUUCCUGUGCGAGUAGUUGCCAGGUCAGGGGACAUAUGCUUUUGCUGCAUCCGGAAGUUUGCCGAUGACAUACAGACGCGGCUUGAGUCGCUUCUUCAAGAGGAGGCUAGCGAUGCAAAAGCUGGCUGCCAAGAUUGA